UCCCUUAAAACCCUUCUAUUUUUUUACUUCCUUCCCUCUCUCUCUCUCUCUCUCUCUCUCUCUCUCUUUGAAGAUAGACAAAACACACAGACAACCCAAACCAGCAAGCUCUCAUCUUGCCAGUUGCCAACUCUUUUGUUUUGGGAACCUUCUUGGGCAGUCGGUUGGCAGGAAGGCACAAAAGAGAACCACAUAGAACUAUACAAUCCUUCCUUACAAACUCUCUCUUACAAUAUCUAUCCUUCUUUUUCUUUUUUCUCUUUAGUCAAACAUGAAGGCACCCACCCCUCUGUAAGAGAUCUCCCUUACUCUUCUUCUUCUUCUUCUUCUUCUUCCUCUCUUUCUCUGUUUCUAUAAGACUUUCUAUCUUUAAAAAAAGUACCAUGGAAUUUUCAAAUGGAAGAAGAGGCACAUUUUUCUAUCAAGAUCAAGAAGAAGAUCAACAACAACAACAACAACAGCAGCAGCAGCAACAACAACAAGAAGAAGCUGGGCCAUCAGAGAUCAACAAAGAAGAUCAAGCUCAACCACCCCUAGCUCCAGUGAUAGAAAGAGAGCACAUGUUUGACAAGGUAGUCACUCCCAGCGAUGUCGGCAAGCUCAACAGACUUGUAAUCCCUAAACAACACGCCGAGAAGUUCUUUCCUCUUGACUCCUCCAACAAUGAAAAAGGCUUAUUGCUAAGCUUUGAAGACAACACCGGCAAACCAUGGAGGUUCCGCUACUCAUACUGGAACAGCAGCCAGAGCUACGUCAUGACUAAAGGUUGGAGUAGGUUUGUCAAAGAAAAAAGACUUGAUGCUGGUGAUACUGUUUCCUUUGGUCGUGGUGUCGGUGAAGCAGGUCGUGAUCGCCUUUUCAUCGACUGGAAGAGACGACCUGAUCAUGUUUCCAAUCAUUCCAUGGUCAUUCCUCGCUUUCCUUUACCAUCUAAUGCUCACCAGUACCACCAGUACCACCAGUACCACCACCACCACCACCAUCACCGUCCAUUAGUUCCAUUCAUGACUCCGGUGAUGGGCACAUCAUGGAGUAGUAGUAGUAGUAAUAGUAAUAGUAGUAGUAGUACUACUACUACUUAUGAUCGGUUUUACUUACAGACACCAACAAGGCACAACUUCCUAAAUAAUUGUAAUAGUGUUCCAGCUGGACAAUUCAUCCUCUUCAGACCUCCGGUGGCCGGUGUGUUGCCCCAGGCUAAUGCACAAGUUGGUGUAGGAGGGGACCGAGCUAUUGGCACGCCGAUGGUCCUUGACUCAGUGCCCGUGGUCCAUAACCAAGUUACUGCCAAGAGAGUCCGGCUCUUCGGUGUGAACCUCGACUGCCCUCAAUCACAAGACUCUAAUAUUAUUAUCCCCGAAUCUCUUGUACCUCAUCCUCAACCAAGAAAUCCUCCUUUUUAUUUUCCCCUCGCCGGAGCUAGUUCAUCGGAGGAUGAAACACCACUAUCUCUGGAUCUUGACAUUUAGUUUUUGAUGAAUGAGAUUUUAGAGUUAUAAUUCAGUUGGAAGGAAGAAGGAUGAAAAGAAGAAUGUUUCGAAGCUGGUUUUUCUUUUCUUUGUUCCAACCUUUCUUUCAAUUGUA